AUGGAUUCGAUAAGGAAUAAUAGAAUAUAUAAAUUUUUUAAGAAUCAAGCAUACGAUAGAACGGGAAGAUAUGCAAUUAGAAUACAAUUUUUAUUAAUUAUUAGAUUUUUCUUUUUAGGUAGUUUGUUGUUAUUUUUGUUUAAUUUUAUUCCUUUGGUUCUUAUGAAUAAUUUGGUAUGGAGUAGUGAUUAUUAUAAUGUGACAUUCCAUGAGAUUAUGCAAUCGGUAAUUCAUGUAUUAUGGUUUGGUGUGGAGAUAGUCAGUAUGCAUUACGCGAGAAAGGAACGAAAGUUUGCAAAGGAAGAGAAAGCCUAUGCAGAUUCGAUAGAUUCAGAGUUGCAUUUGAAACGAACGACAUUCUUGGUAUCGGUGGGUCCACCCACCAUCUCUGCAAACAGCUACUACUCAACUGAGCGGAACAACAGUCAUUUCAAUAGCUAUUGUUCCUCCGUAUACAAUGAAUCGUUUGAUUACGAAGGAUUCUACGUACCGCCGAUGCCACAUCAUCCUUAUCAUUUGGAAACGAUUUCAUCAUCAACAUCAUCCUCAUCAUCGCAACAGUAUCUACUUUCAUCUGCAAAACAACCUCAUAGAACAGCGACGAUACCCACUCCAAUAACAACAACAACAUCAGUUCCAAUAAUAAAUACAACUGAUGUUGCUAAUACUAAUGUAGAUAACAUUGGUACUGGUGCAAGUUAA